AUGAAGUUGAUAUUGCCUCUGAUUCUCCUCUGGACACUCUCCACCACAGCUGGAGCCCUUCAGUGUCAAACCUGCACAGAUCAGACGUGUUCAAGCACAGCACCAAAUACAUGCUCCACAGGGAUGAUGUGUAUCACAGCUACUAUUCUAGCUCUUUCAUCUGGAACUCAGGUAACACAAAUCUACAAGGCAUGUGCCCCUUCCUCCCUGUGUCCAUCCACGGGGACUCAGACAUUUUCAGUCAAUCUGGGUUUUCAAAAGGCUCUCGCAUCUGCCAUGUGCUGUAAAACAGAUAACUGCAACUCAAAAACUCUGGCUCACCCUGCUCCUCAGUCAAAUAAUGGCCGAGUUUGUAAUGUUUGUGACCCCUCCACCUCUCAGUGCACCUCUACAUUACAAUGUCAAGGAGUUGAGAACCAAUGCCUUCAAUCAGUUAACUGCUGUUUUGCUGUGUAG